UGAAGAAAAAGGUGAGAAAAGUACUAGUCUUUUUUGUAAAAUUUGCAAAAAGACUAAUCAUAAUGCAGAAAAAUGUUGGCAUAAAGGCAAGCCCCAAUGUAACUUUUGUAAAAAGUUUGGCCAUAUUAAAAAAGGCUGCAGCAUCAAAACCAUUCGCAGUGACAGAGGAGGUGAAUACACAAGUCGAGAAUUUGAAGAAUAUUGCAAAAAUGAAGGCAUUGAGAAGAAACUUACAGCAGGGUACACUCCUCAACAAAAUGGUGUACCUGAAAGGAGAAACAGAACCAUUGUUGAAAUGGCCAGAACGAUGAUGAAUGGGAAAGGGCUGCCAAAAUAUUUUUGGGCAGAAGCAGUACAUACAGCAGUGUACAUCCUCAAUAGGUGCCCGACAAAGGCAUUGAAGGAUAAGACACCAGUUGAAGCUUGGAGUGGAAUGAAACCUUUGUAAGUCAUUUUAAAAUUUUUGGGUGUAUUUGUUAUGCUCAUAUACCAACUGAAAAAGAACAAAAUUGGACGAAAAGAGUCGAAAAUGUAUAUUUCUUGGUUAUAGUGAUGUGACAAAAGGCUAUAGGCUUCUCGAUGUCAAAACUAACAAACUUGUUGUUAGUAGAGAUGUCAUUUUUGAUGAAAAAUAGCAUGGAAUAGGAAAGAUAAAAAGGUGGAGAAUACUUCUAUCAUUUCUUUAAAUGUGCCAAGUCAAGAAGUGGAUGAGGAAGAGGAAGAUGUCCCUCAAGGGGGAGAAAUCUCACAUCCAGAAGAUGAAGAACCACCUCCAAGAGGAACAAAAAUGUUGAGUGACAUCUAUCAAAGAUGCAACUUUGCCUGUAUGGAGCCAGAAAAUUAUGAGGAGGCAAUAAAGCAUGAUGUUUGGAAGACAGCCAUGGUAGAAGAAAUUCGGAUGAUUGAGAAAAAUAAUACUUGGGAACUUGUGGAUGUACCCAAAGAAAGAGAAGUUGUAAGUCUAAAAUGGAUUUACAAAAUCAAACUCAAUCAAGAAGGAGAAAUUCAAAAGCACAAAGCAAGGUUGGUUGCUAGAGGUUUCACUCAAAAGCCAGGUAUUGAUUUCUACGAAACUUUCUCUCCAGUUGCACGUCUUGAGACAAUUAGAACCUUGAUUGUUGUUGUUGCACAAAAGAAAUGGAAGAUUUUUCAACUUGAUGUUAAGUCUGCAUUUCUAAAUGGAAAACUUGAUGUAGAAAUUUAUGUUGAGCAACCUUAAGGAUUUUUUGUUCAAGGGGGAGAAGAGAAGGUGUACAGGCUAAAAAAGGCUCUUUAUGGGCUGAAGCAA